AUGACGACAUCAGACUCAGAUAAUUUCCAUAAACUCUUAGAAAAUUGGGGAUUUUCUGAUUAUAUAAAACCACUCAAAGAGCAUGAAGUGGUAGAUAUUGAUACAUUCCUUGAGCUGCUUUCUGAUAUAACAACAACACGAGAAAUAAUUCCAUCAAUUAGUGUUGGUUCUGUUAUGAAAUUAAGAAAACAAUUAAAACAACAUAUUACUGAAGAAGACACAAAAUUACUUGCUUUGAAUCAGAGUGAAUUAGCCGAAAUCCCUGAUUUUUCAUUCGUUGAUGUUGGAUUGAAUUCAUCAAUUAUAAGAUCAACACCUGAUAUUGAAGAACAACCAGCACCUGAAGUAGUAGUAGAAGAAAUAGUGAUUGAAGAUGAGUUGGUAAUUCAAGGAGUGACUUUCCAGUUAAAAAAAGUAUUGGAAUCACAAGCUUUGGGACGAGCUAUUUUAAUAUUUUACAAGUAUACGCAAGAAUUAAACAGUAUAUGUCAGUCAUACCUUGUUGACAUUAUUGUUCUUUUUUUUUUGGACAGAAACAUAAAUCUUAAAAACGCAGAUUUAAGUAAAUUAGCAAGUCUUAUUGUUUUUUUAUUUCCUAAAGAAGAAAUAACAACAUACUAUACAGAUCCUUUGAGGAAAAAAAAUUCAAAAACUGCUAAAUCAGGAAUGUCCAAAGGUAAACUUGCAGAUAAAUGGCGUAAUAGAAGUACAUUUAUUCGACAAGCUUUAAGUUUAGUCAGUGACUUCGUACCACAACCUCAUGAUUCUGGAAUUUCAAUUGGAGCUGAUGAAAGUAAAGAGUGGCUCGUACACAACGUUGAUCCUCUUGCUUUAGUUUUACAACAUUGGAAUAACUGUCGUUCUAUUCGUGAAGGUGAUUAUUCAAAUAAAUUAUACAAGAGUAUACAAGACAUCACCAAGAAGUGGCCUAUACUUAAUACUUCCCAAGGAUUUAUACUGAUUGAGCAAGACUUUGCACAUAAAUUUCCAGGUCUACAGAAUAAGCUAUUAAAUUCUUUUGAUACAUUUUACGACAAAGUUUAUUUGCAGUUCAAAGAAAAACUAAAGGAUAAUGAUAAAAUACUUGAACACAAAUUGUUAUCAAAUGAUUUAUCAAGAAACAGUGGAGAUACAAUAAAGUUUUGGAUUCUAGCAUCUCUAGUUGCUCCAAGAUCAAAUAGAGUAAUUUUGUCUGAAACAGCAGGGAAAAAAUUUUGGAAGCCCAGUAUUACUGAAUGUCAGGAAGGAUUAGUACUUCAUGUUAAGCUUCCAGGAGACAUUGAUCAUGAAAUAAAUGAAAGACAAAAGAAGUUUCAGGACAUGAAACUAGAACUUCAAUCUUUUAUACUUGUUGUUGGUCCAGAUAUAGAAACAAUAGACAAAGUUUACGUUUGUUUUGAUAGUACAAAAUAUGAGGUACCAACUGUUUUAAAAGGCAUUGACAUUUUGUUAAAAAUUUUUUUAAUAUUCAAUUUGCAAUAUCCACAAGAAUGUGCACACACUUGGUACUUAUUACAAUGGGGAAUUUUAAAUAUUCGUACACCGAGUGAUGAAAAACUUCCUUUUGUUUUCACUGCUAUGAAAAAGCUAAAAUAA